AUGCUCAUCCCCAAGACUGCUUCAUGGGUGGUGAGGAAGAUAAUAGCAUCAAGGGAACUGGUGUUGCAAGGGCAAGUAGCUGAUGGAACACUGCAAACAAUACUGAAAUCAGCUCUGAUUGGAAAUGGCUUUGCCAUCAGGAAAAUGUACUUGACUCUGCUACCCCAACAUCCCAAGGUUGAAUGGAAGAGUUUAUCCCUGCAAGCUAGUAUACAUCCCAGAUAUAAAUUCAUAUUAUGGUUAGCUUUACACCAGAGGUUGGCAACUGUUGAUAGACUGAUGAAGCUUGGAAUCCAGGUGCCACCAGAUUGUGCUUUUUGUGGGCUGUACAGGGAAACAUUUGCACACCUGUUCUUUGAAUGUGCUAUCACCAGACAGAUGUGGUAUAGAUUAUGUGUGUGGAUGGGUUAUCGGAGGAACAUUGCUGAUUGGAAUACAGAGGUGAAAUGGGCUUGUAAAUUGGCCAAGAAAAGAGCAGGCCUGGCAGAAAUUUCCAGCUGUGCAUUUGCAAUGAUUGUUGAUGCUAUAUGGAGGGAAUGGAACAAGCUAAGAUUUCAGAAUAGCAGUCUACUGGCAGCUAAGGUACUGAAGGACAUUGUGAUACAGUUAAACAUUAGAGGCCAAGCUAAUAGAAGAUGGUAUGAUGCACUGCAGGGACUGAAUGCAUAUCCAUAG